AUGUCUUCAGAGCCGCAGCCUGCCGAAAAGGGUCCCUGGAACGAGGAGACGAAGAAUAUUUUCGAAGGCAAAUCCAAGAGCCAAUUCUACGAUCCGUGCCAGGAAGCGGCGCAGCGCAGCUACAAGUGCCUCUACAGGAAUAACGGCGACAAGGCCAUGUGCGGAGAAUACUUUCAGGCAUAUCGCGAUUGUAAAUCGGCUUGGUUGGAGAAGAGAAGGAAAGAGAGAGGAACCCUCUGGUGA